UCGGAUUGACAAGUUUGUAAUUUUCCUCAAUUUUAUUUUUCGGGUUUGCAAAUGUUUCUUAUGCUACAUCAUUGUAAAAUAACUCCCAUUAAUGCCGGAAUUUAUAGGUGGUGGUCUCAAUCCCAGAUAAAGUGAAAAAUAGUUAUUUAAGGUGUCGCAACAAAUCGAAAAAUAGCUCUGGUAUGAUGAUAACAAAAGAUAUAAAAAUCCAGCCUUGUCUGGUAAUGUACUCUUUUUCGUCAUAUGUGUGCCGUAAGGAUUAGCGAGUCAUGAAUGUUCGAAAUCGUGAAAGUUCAGUGAUGUGUACGUAACUGUGCGUAAAAGAGAUUAGAGGGUUUGUGACGUCACUAGAGCGAAAAGACAAUAAAAUUUCGCUACUGCUGUGUGAUGUUUAUGAGUCUCUACUGGUAAGUGUGGACUCAAUAUCAUUGGUGCAGUGAGGGGAGGAUUCACAGCGCACAGGAGGUCCUCCGCGAGGAUGGGUGGCGAUGUCUGCCCCCUCCGAUAGCGCUGCGAGCCCUUCACCGUGUGCGUGCACCAAUAUAUCGCUUAUGCAAUUGUUCCAUGAGUUAAAACAGAAGUUUCCUGGCGUGCCCGACCAUGUUGUAUCCAACACAAUCGAGCUGUACUGUCACGACAAAAGAGCUUGUGAGACACACCUCCACAGCGAAAUCAAAGCCUCCUUAACGCAUGCCUACCAUGCCUCCUCAUCAGCUGCAGCACGCCAGAUCAGUAAGCUCAGAGACAAUCUACCAGUCAAGUGCCGCAACCAGCCUAUAGUCAAAUAUGAAGUUGCUAAAACAACAGCUGUUGAAUCGUUAACUUGCCAGAAUCCUCAGCAGGCUGUGAUAAGCACCAACACUGAAUCUGAUUACGAGAAGCCCCAAUUAAAGUUAAAUACAGAUGCUAACCAAAAUGUUGUUGAAAGUGUACAAAAUGAAAAUAACAGUGCCCUAUCUCCAAUUACUAUCAUAAAUAUUGAUAACUGCUAUGCUAAAUACCAUGCUGAAUCACCCAGCGAUCUUGAGUUGACCAAUGAGAGUAAUAUACAGGAAAAUAAAAUACUGCAAGAUCUUAUAUCCAAUGAAUGUAAACAGACUGAGCUUAUUAAGGAAUCUGAGCAACCAGGGAGCACAAAUUACAGGAUUUUAAAAAGCAAUAAGGUAAAGGCUAAUUUGAAUGAAAAGUUAAUUAAAAAAGAGGUAAAAGAGAAAAAGACAAUAAAAAAAGAGUCACAGCCAAAUUUCCCGCAAGAAAAAGCUCCUCCGGAGAAACCUCAACGACCAAACACAUUAAACUUUAUCAAACAAAAUCCAGACGUUGCAUUUAAAGAAAAUUUAAAACCACCAGAUACUGAUAAUUGUCGAACUGUUUCCCCUGCACCUUCAUUACAGAAACCAGAGAGCAAAGAAAAAAAAACUGAUCCAGGUUUCUACAGGCCAGGGUAUCCUUUAAACUUAUCUGUGAAUGUUAACUGUCAUAUGGACAUUAGUCAUGGUUAUGGGUUAGAUGAUUAUGAUAGUCCGAGAGCUAUAACAUCGGUUAAUUUAACAGUUUGUACUCCAACUUCGAAUAUGGCGAGUCCUGUGAGGGAUACAAGGGAGGAGGAGGGGGGUUUUGAAGGACAUGUGACUGUGACGGUGAGCCCUAGUACAGUGCGGCCACAGCAAGUGAGACGAAGGGCACCUCCCCCGCCACAGUCAUCACGGAUAGAGUCACCUCGGCCUACAAGGGCAGCUCCUGAACCUCCAUCACAUGAUAACAACCUCAUCGAGCGACAAAAAGAGCGUCUCUCGAGGUUAGCAUCAGCCUUAGCGCAGGAGAAGGGCUGUUUGACCCAGUUGAACAGAGAGACGCAGAUACUGGCGGCGUCACCGCCCACGCCCAGCGCUGCACAGAGGUUGAGAGAUUAUGUGGAGAGACUGCGGGAUGAGUGUGACACUCUUGCCAAGAGACUAGAGAUGCGGGGUAGUGCUCGUGUAAUGCCCGUUGCAGAGCCAGAUGACAUGGGAAACUUUUACAGCAACAUCUACACGGGUCAACGGCCAACAGCGUCCUGGCAGUGCCACAUGUGCACCUUCCGGAACCACCCACUCCUGGACAAGUGCGAGGAGUGUGACAUGCCCAGGAUAUUCGUAGUUCGGUCACCAGAAGGAAUCACAGUACGCUUAAUGCCAGGUCGCCGGAAAAUUGUCCGGUCGUGGGUUUUAUGAAACGGGGCUGUAAUUACAGUGAAAUGUAUGUUUAAGAGAAUCCUAUCUUAAGUGCAGUGGGAACAAAAAAAUUAACAAUCUGUGAUAUUCGCAUUUGGUAGUCCUUAUUUUUUUUUGUCGAGCUUUAUUCGCACAUUCCAAAAAUAAAGUGUUUAUUAACUUAUUUAAAUAGGUUCUUUUGUUGAUAAUGUUAAGAACUGUGAGAAUUAGGAUUGUCACUUUCCUUUGGUGGUAGUAUAAGAAUGAAUAUGAAACGUUAUGUAAAAUGAGGAAAUAGGAUAUUUGAUUAUUCAAAAUAUCUCAAAAUAUUUGAAGUGCGUUUCGUGAAUCCCGGAGUCCCUACGUAGUCACGCGCGAUUAUGAUCUUUAAGUUUCUAGUAAUCAAGUUAUUUGUUACAAUAGCAAUACCACGUUGUUUAGAGUUUUGUGACGUCACAAGGUUGUAAACAGAGGGCCAACCGAUCAAUAGCGUUUGUGACCACGUGAACUUGGCUCGGAAAUUUACACUUUAUUUUCUAGUUUUGAGAAAUAUAAAAAGUGUGAAGAAUAUUAUUAAUCUUGACCAAUUGCAUCAGCACAAGUGAUAUUUGGAAUACAUUCUAAUAACCUAUUAAAGAUAAAAGGAUGAGAUUCCUUUUUUAAUAAUCGACUGCCUAAUUUCUACUAGAAAUGAGAGUAGUUUAUUUUUGUAAAGGUGACAACCCUAACGUGAGUUCAACGUUGUUGAAGAAUGGUUAUGAGAGAGCCUUGACAUUUGGUAUAACUUUGGUUUUUCCUUUCCUAUUCUCAGUGAGUGCUCUGCUGUACCAAAUGCGAAUAACUUACGUUAUUUUCGUUUCAAACACUACUGCACUUAAGGUGGAUAGGGAAAUAAUAUUGUUAUUAUAAACAUAAGUAAGUAUAUAUUUUAAAAUGGUGCUAAUUUGGUUGUACAGAAGUAGUAUAUUAUUUGGCAGCCCUUUUGGACCCAAUCAGUUCAUUUCUAGAUUAAGGUUUUUUUUGCCAAUUAGGUACACGUAGAUUGAGAAAGCACGAAAAGAUUGAUCGAUGAAAAUUGUUAUUUGUUAUAUAUACCAAAAAAAUAAAGACUGGAUUAAGUUCGAUUACAGCAAAUUUUUACUGUCAACAUGACAGAUUUGUAUGUGAUGACAGCCUCAGACAUCAGCUACCCAAAAUAAACAGUACUUUUGUACAACCGCAUUAGCAUCAAUAAAAAGUCUAUAUUAUUUAAAAUAUUUUGAUAAAUAUUGAAUACUAAAUAUUUCUUGUAUGAAGAAUGACUUUGGAAACAUUGUACUACUACUUUGUUUCAUUGCGUAAAUGUUUAUACCAGAGAUAAUAUAGAAACCUUUGAUGAGAGCUACAUUUCUGCGUUUGCUUGUAAAAACAGAUUAUUGACAAGUAAUAUUUGUCGAGGGAAUUUUCCGUUUCGGUAUAUACAAUGAAUGAACGCGAAAAGAAGGAAAAUCUAUAAGGUGCAAAAUAUUGAAGAUAUAAUAUUAUCAUUCGAAAGGCGUCAAUAAAUAGCUCUCUAAUAUACAAGUUCUAUAUCAAAGAACAUCUACAUGCUGUUUGAUAAUAUAAAAUAGUUACAAGUUAUACUUUCUGCCUUCAGACAGCCGUAGGGCUGUAUAUUUAACGUUAAUAUUUAAUGUAAUUUUUUGAUUUCAUUUAUGAUUAUUACUGUAUUUUUAUUUAUUCUGUUCUAUCAUAGUAUAGAAAUUGAAAUUGGGUCACAGUAACCAACAUAAAGAAGUAUAUUAUUAUUAUGAAUUACACCGCAUAGUUAUUCCUGUUUUUCGCAAAAUAUUUAAAUGACGUAAAUGUUUUAAUGACGUAUUAACUUUGUGCUGAAAUGGUUUCCUCCCUACCUACCUAUGUACCCUGCAAUCCGCUGUACUGCCUGCUGUACGUUAGUCUCACUAAAACUCGAGAGAAGCUGGACCUUUUUGGCUAAUUUAGGAUUUAAAAUAUUCGUGAAAGUCCAGGGAAGGUUUAAACGGUAAGAAAAUAUGGAAAUGUAGUAAAAAAAUAUGUUUCCAAAUAACUAUUAGCCUCACGUUAUUCUGGUAAUGAUAUAUUAUCGUAUUUGUUGCCAGUUUUUUUGAUCUCGUCGUUUAUAACUUUGAAAUUGAACUAAAUAUUAAAGAUUUAUGACAAUGGUGCCAAUUCUGUUUGUUCUACACAAAUCUCAAGGGAAACUUAACUAAAUUAACAGAUCUAAAAGCAGUGCUAUCCUUUACUCAAUGUUCCCGUCUGGGAAAUACAUAUAGGCAUUACUAUACAGGGUGUCCCGUAAUUCAACGUCAA